AUGAUCGUAUUCCAAAGCAUUCUGAUCUUGAACCUUCAGAUGACUGAACAGUACGUCUGUCCUGAGAGUGGAGAAUCUUUCUGUCAGGGCGCCGAGGCACGUCUAUAUCUGACAAAAAUAAACGGAAAUGAGGUCAUUUGCAAGGAGAGGUUCUCAAAGAAAUAUCGGGUUGCCGAGUUGGACAAGCACAUCCGCCAGACCAAUGUAAAAAAUGAAGUCAGGGAAUCGGCUUUUGAGAGAAUUGAAGCAGGCUAUUUGUCGUUGAGUGUAAAAGCCAAAUCAAGAGCAUUGAAAAAAUGCGCCCAAAAGAAUAUCCCUGCCCCUCGUCUCCUCCAUUUCGAUCUUGAGAGUUGUUGCGUUUUCAUGAGCAAAGUCAAAGGCAUCGCCGUUAAAAAUUUCAUUGACAAAGUAUACGAUGCUGACGGAAAUGUUGGAGCUCAAAUUGGCGCUUUGGUUGCUGCCAUUCAUUUAGCAGGCUUUGUUCACGGUGACCUUACAACUUCUAAUUUCAUAAUUAACCCGGAAGCAGAGGCUGGUUCGAAUUCAAGAGUGUCAGUUAUUGAUUUCGGAUUGUCGAGCACAACUUCGACUGAAGAAAACCGAGCAGUAGACUUGCACGUUUUGGAAAAGGCAAUGGAAAGUGCUCAUCCUAAGCGAGAUGGACUGACGACAGGAUUUUUAACAGGAUACCGGGAGAAAAUUCGAGAAGGAAAAAAUGGCGUAGAGUUGGAACGAAAGAUUUUUCAAAGACUAGAAGUGGUGCGAGCGAGAGGAAGAAAGAGAUCGAUGGUUGGCUAG